GUUCAUUUUUGUUGUCCCUUUCCACUCGCCGCGCUCACAGCACGACUCGAGUCUUCCCGGCUUCCGAUCCACGCCAUGUCCGCCCCCGUGCCUCAGGUGAUGGAGGCUGAGACCCUCUCGGACGUCGAAGUCACAGCCCCGUCCCAGCUGAAGAUGGACGACCCGCAGCACGGGGCCCUCUACGCCUACAGCACUUUGGGCGAUGGUGCGAUGCCGGUUUCAGGCGACUCCAUGUACUCCAAGCUCUGCUGCGUCACUGCGAGCAUCGGGGACCUUGCUGGUCAGGUCAUGAUCGGAGAGGAGACGAAGUUCUGCUGCAUCGAGAGCCAGGCCUUCUGCGGCUUCGGAGGCAACGGGGGCUGCCCGCAGGCCAACUGCGGGUGCCAGAUGUUCAAGCCAGAGUUGGCUUGCCAGGGAGCGGGCAAGAUCCUGUGCUGCAAGCUGGGCUUUCAGCUGCCGGACAAGCCCUGGGUCGUGUGCUGCCAAAAGCGGAUCUUGGAGGGCUGAGCUGCCGUGCGCGAGGGACUUGCGGUUCUCAGUUAGGUCCCACAGAAUUGAGUGACUGUAUGUCGUGCCCCAGAGAUACAGCUCAUUAUUUUGGAGCUUCCCGCACGACGCGCUUUCGUGUGAACCGGUUGCAACCCUUUCUGCCGCCAGUCCAGGCAAUGUCUUGGUUGACGGCACCUCUUUACAGUCUAUAUAAUAGUCUAACUUUGGAUUUUAUUGGACCGUGCUUGUCAGGGAUGGUUCGCUUUGUGGGGC